UUCAUGUUAGACACAAUGCAUGAUGGGUCAUGUGCAACUCUACACCGCUCUGCUGCUCGCUCGGGCUCCACCCUGUGGCUUCUUUCUGCUCCAGGGAAGGGGAGGGCGGCGGUGGAGCGUGUGUGUGUGUGUGUGUGUGUGUGUUCAAAGGGGGCGGAGAGCUUUUCUUACUAAAACUAUGGGCCUGCUUCACAUCCUCUAGGUGUGGCUGUCCAGCCUCUUCAGUGAGAUCCAGGAACUACCAGCUGACUGAAGUGGCUGAGCCAGUUGUUCCCCUCAGAGCGAGCGAGAGGAGGUGACGGACAGAAACUCAAGACAUGGCAGAUACAGCGGCAGGAGGACCAGCGGCAGGAGGACCACCGGCAGGAGGACCAGCGGCAGGAGGACCACCGGCAGGAGGACCAGCGGCAGGAGGACCAGCAGGAGGACCAGCAGGAGGACCAGCGGCAGGAGGACCGGCCCCCGGCUCAGGUGUGCCGAGCGGGAGCAGCUCUGUUUCUGGCUCCUGCAACGGGGUCCAAAGCGAGGUCAAAAGCCCCCAGUGCCCUGGACCAGUGCCCAAACAGAACGGGACUGGGAUCGGGAGCAAAGAGGAGCAGGACCCUAAGGGGGCGGAGGAGGAGGAGACCAAAAUCCAGGAAGACCUGAAGGAGUCCGAGGACCCCGAGAAGCCCGAGGGGGAGCCGCAUGCGGACAGAGGGCUGGAAAACGGAGCCCCCGAAGAGGAGGCGAAGGAGGAGCCGCCGGGCCCCGAUGACGUGGUGUGCGACUCGUGCAUCGAGAGCCCCUGCAGGGCCCUCAAGUCCUGCCUCACCUGCCUGGUGUCCUACUGCGAGGCCCACUUGCGGCCGCACCUGGAGAACCCCAAGUUUCAGAACCACCGGCUGGUGGAGCCGCUGCGGGACAUCGAGCGGCGGACCUGCGAGAGCCACAAGUGGCCCCUGGAGCUCUUCUGCUGCGCCGACGAGCGCUGCGUGUGCCAGGACUGCGUGGAGGAGGAGCACCGGGGCCACAACACGGUGCCCGUGGAGGAGGCUCGCGGACGCAUAGAGAAGGAGCUGAGGGAGAAGCACGGCGAGAUGGUGAAGACGGUGAAGGCCGGCGAGAACGCCAUCAACAAGCUCCAGCUCAACACGGUGUCCAUCGAGCACUCGGUGACGGAGGUGCGAGCGGUGAUCGAGAGCCAGUUCGAGGAGCUGCAGGCGGUGCUGGAGCGGGCCAAGCGGGAGGUGACGGAGAUCCUGGAGGGCGAGGAGAAGCAGGCGCUGAGGCAGGCCGAGGGCAUCCGGGUCCACCUGGAGCAGAGGUGCACGGAGCUGAAGAAGACGCAGGGCCAGAUGGAGAAGCUCGCCAAGAACAAAAACGAUGUGGAUUUCUUACAGGAGUAUUCCGAGUGGAAGAAGGAGGCCACUGACAUCUCUCUGCCCGGCGUCUACAUCGGCCUGACGGACCGCCUGAACUCCUUCAGCCGUGUGAUCGUGGACUCCACGGAGGAGCUGUGCGCCAUGCUGGUGUCCUCGUACAUCGACAAGGUUAAAGAGACGUGCACGAGCGACAAAAUGGGAAUAAAGACGACCGUUCACGAAAUUAUUGCAACCAAGCACAACAUGAUGUUACCGGAUCCAAAGACACACGAGGACUUCCUCAAUUAUGUCGCCCCCGUGAGUUUCGACGGCGACACCGCUCACAAGUUCCUGAGGCUGACGGAGGAAGGCAGGAAGGUGACCAACACCACGCCCUGGCAGCACCCUUAUCCCGACGCGCCCGAGAGGUUCGACAACUGGCGCCAGGUGCUGGCGACGGAGAGCUUCUAUCUGGGGCGGCACUACUUCGAGGCGGACAUCAGCGGCGAGGGCACGCACAUCGGCCUGACCUACAAGAGCAUCGACCGCAAGGGCAACGAGAGCAACGGCUGCAUCACGGGGAACAACUUCUCCUGGUGCCUCCAGUGGAACGGGCGCACCUUCUCCGCCUGGCACAGCGACGUGGAGACGCCCCUCACCGUGGAGAAGUUCACGCGCAUCGGGGUCUACGUGGACUACACCCGAGGCCUCCUGGCGUUCUACGGCGUGGACGGCGCCAUGACGCUCAUCCACGAGUACAAGGCAGACUUCCUGGAGCCUAUUUACCCGGCUUUCUGGUUGUCCAAGAAGGAGAACGUCGUCGCCUUGGUGGCGCCGGGGGAACCGCUGCGGCUCAAAAGCCCCUCUCCUCCCACCUCACCUGCAUGCGGAUCUAUUGUUUCUAAACUAGCAGCACAGCAAUGAUUAGAAGUUAGUUUUCUCUGCAUCAACAAUAUGCAAGCUUGUCUCCCACUGAUAUGGAAAAUAUGGUCUGUUUAAUGUAAUGUAUUUGUAAAACUAAUGUGAUAAAUAGUGCAUGUUUAUCUUGGGUAUAUUUGGGCUCAAGUCGUAUUUAUACCUCUGUGUACCUUUGGGACUUCUGUUACUUUUCAUCCAUCUGUGAAUUCACGGGUGUUCGGUAUUUUCUGUGCGCAAAUAAAAAUGUGGAAUUAAAGUGCCUGUUUUUUGUUUUUGUUCCAGGUUUUCCCAAAAGCAUUAAAUGGUAUCAUUUUGA